AUGCGCCAGAAGAGAGCUGUCCAGCAACCACAGGAGCCGGACAUGAAUUCCUUUGCUACAGACUUCAACAAAUGUCUGUUCAAAUUCUGGACAACAUUUUGCGGGCCCAGAGAAUCUGUCCUUCAGAUGCCUGUCAAGUGUCCAGGAGGAACUUCAAAACAGCUUUGUUAUGGAGCCAAUCCUAACCAAGCUCAGUUUGCUGUUUGCUACAGCACAGAGACAAAAAUACCGCUUUUCUCUGGACACGUUCUGGAUCCCAAUAUCCCAGAAGGUGGAGGAAGAGAUGCAGAUUGGAGAAGCGACCCCACUGUUGGCAAGUAGUGUAAUUAUCUUCAAGGGUCGAUUUCGAUCCCGUUAACCUUCUGUACAGUGGCCAUAACACCUUUAACCGGCACUCGUUUGAUUAACGAUUAUUUGUUAAUUAACUAGGAAACCAAGACUCAGUGGCACAAGACGAUGAUUACAGGGCCGCGCAGAACCAAAUUAUAGACAACUACAAUCAACAACAACAACAUUUUUUUUCCAGAGGUCAUCUGACUCCAAAUGCGGAUUUUGCAGAUGCCGACCGGCGUUCAUACACAAUGGUAACAACCAAUAUUGCACCGCAGUGGCAGUUAUUCAACGCUCAAAACUGGGCUGAAAUGGAAAGACUGCUAAGAGGGUUUGCAACCCAAGAGAAUCAUCCACUUUAUGUAUUUACUGGCACAAGUUAGUAUCACAUUUCAACGUUUUCAUUUCCGAUAAUAAUAGUAGCAAUUCAUUUUCUGAGGGAAGGAGGGACGCUAUCGAACCAAAUUACCAAGUGAACUACCAUUGUGGUCUGCGUUCACUGGCAGCGUAUAAAACAGACGUAGGUCUUCUUUCCAGCGUAAUAUCAUUACGUACAAGGCGCAAACGCCUCACACGAAAAUCGAAUGACCAGCUUUAUUCUCGCUAUACAAGGUAAUUUCAUUUUUCUAGCAUAAGUUAUCAUUCUGUCAUUAAAAAAUCAUAAUCUCUCCCAAACUCCAUCCAACACUGUAAAUAAUAAUAAUAAUAAUAACAAUAACAAUAAUAAUAAUAAUUAUAAUGAUGAUGGUGAUGAUGAUUGUAUUUAUAUAGCGCUGUUUACCACUAAUUGUCAAAGCUGUUACUAAGAUAAAUUAUGGUAAUAAUGUUAACAGUAAAACAUAAAACGCCAACGUCAUAAUUUGAAAAAUACAACAAAAUAAUCACCAUAUUAAAAAUCUGUAUGAAAAGAAAUCUCUAGAUCAAAAGCUGCGUCUUUAGUGAUCUCUUAAAUUAAUUCAAAUACGCUGUUUUUCCGAUUACAUAUUCUAUUCCAUAAAUUUGGAGCUGCGAUAAAAAAGAUAUAUAUCCAUACGUUUUUAAUAUCAGUAAGUACUAUUCAGUGCAACUAAAAGUUAAGACAUUCUUUACUGCAAGAAUGUAAGGACCUAGAAUAUUUCUGAUAACUCAAGAGAUGGGAGAUAUACGAAGGAACCGGACCAUUUAGAACUUUGUUCACCAAUAAAAAUACGGAAAAUCCUCUAUUGAGCCAUCCCCCCUCUCAAAUAAGCCUAACCUGUGGGUGGUCAGGCCCUCCUUCUUCCCUUUUCUAUUGUUGAGCCAAUAAUGACUGAUGCUCAAGUGUCAAAGGAUCAAGCGAACAAGGCGCAACUACUCGUUAGACAGAAUUCAGACGUCUAUAUUUCAAGUUUUCUUGGAAAAUCAUGUCCCCGGUGCUCAUGCAAUAACUAAUUCUUUGAGAAAAACAUUAUAUAUUUCCUCUUCUCAUCUGACCAUCAUCUGUCCAUAAAUUUAUGUCCCGUCAGACCAAUCUGAUUUCUGUAAUAUAACGUGGUAUUCCACAGGGGUCUAUUUUAGGCCCUCUCUUAUUUACUAUUUAUAUUAAUGAUCUCCCUUCAUGUAAUUUGUUUUCAAAACCCAGAAUGUAUGCAGAUGAUACUACCCUUACCUCGUCUGCAGAAGACCCAUGUGUCCUUGAACAUAAAAUGAAUUAUUAUAUGAAUUUAAUUCAAUCAUGGCUGUCAGCAAACAAAUUAACUUUAAAUGUUAAGAAGAGUAAAUACAUGCUUAUAGGGACCCAAUUUAAGUUAUCCCAAAUAAAUAGUGACUUCACAGUCAAAGUCAAUAAUACACCCUUAGAAAGAGUAAUUAAAUAUAAAUCCCUUGGGGUUCAAAUUGAUGAAUCUUUGAACUGGCAGCCACACAUUAAUACCAUAUAUCCGCUGGUAUGCAAAUGCACUGGUAAUACCAUAUUUUAAUUACUGUGGUGCUGUAUGGGGUAAUAUCAAUAAGGGACUAGCAGACAAACUUCAAAAGAUGCAGAAUAGGACUGCUAGAAUUCUCACCUUUUCUAACUAUGACGUUUGCUCAAGUGUUUUUGUUGGAUGAACUUGGCUGGGAAAGGCUAGAAUAUGUAAGACUUAAACAGUUGGCUGUGACAAUGUAUAAAAUCCAUAAUAAUCUUUUCCCGUCGUAUCUGAGGCGGAUCUUUGCCAACACCUCAAAUGUUCAUUCACACAAUCUUAGAAAUACUGAGUUAAAUUAUUGUGUCUCCAGACCCAGAACUGAGUCUGCAAAAGGGAGCCUACACUACAGAGGAUCUGUUCUGUGGAACAAGAUUCCCUCAGUGAUUAGAAAACUGCCUGGUUUAAAUGUUUUUAAAACUUCAAUUCAUGGGAAAGAUUUUCUAAUACACCAUGUCUCAUUGUAACCCUUAUUAUUAAUAAUGUAAGUUUUUGUAUUUUUAACAUUAUAGUCAAAUAGUUCCUUAGAGUAUUUUAGUCUAGUUUUAAACACGAUUCCUAGGAAGACAUGUAAAAUGAUACAAUUUCGUGCAUAAAUAAAGAUUGAUGAUGUAAGGUAAUUGAGGGAUACAUGCCUUCCCAGACUUCAGAUAAAUGACUACUUGGCUGACCGCUUUAUCCCUGUACGACGGCUCCGGUGUGACAUUUUUCGAUGGCCUGUCAUAGAUAUCCGAAUACAAAGUUACGAAUUAUAAGUUUGUGAUUAUUGUUAUUGUUGUUGUUAUUAAAUUUUGUUUUUUGUUUUUCUUUAUUUUUUUUUUUGGCCAUUUUUAGUUCUCUUUAUCAAAAGUAAGUCUGACUUUGUAUUAACGUUGUUAUAUUCAAGGUGGACAGGCGAAAAAUAGAGCUGGAGAAGAAAUCAAGUUAAACCAACGGGUUGUAGUGCCCUUGUACUACUGGAAAGCUGUGUGUGAUCCACUUCACUUGCAAUCGAUUUUCUUCUACGCUCGUAACCCAACCGACACAGCAAGGGCUGAUAAACAGGAAAGAGGCUGUGAAGAAGGAGAACAGACUCAGACAUCUGGGAUAGUCAUGUGUAAGAGUAUAGACGACGGCAUUCAAGCGAUUGAAAAGGAUGUCCCUGGGGCUAUACUCAAGAUACCAGAGUUCACCCGAAAGAAAGCGUGUAAACCUAAUGAGAUGGGAGCGUUAUUCACCGGAUAUAUUCGAGGUCACGCUCACUGGAAUUAA